AUGAACCAACUGUUGAACUUACAGCAGGAUGUCGGGAAAGAUUCUUCUUCAAAUACUUCGCCCUUUACGAGCUCUCCUCAACAAGUUCCUGCCAUGAACUUUUCAGGUACUUUCAACAAUGACUUUGUCACUACUCCUUCUUCAACUCCAUCUUCUUCUUCUUCCUCUUCUCAAUCAUAUCCCUUUAAUGCGCCACAGUUUGUUCCUUCUUCGACUUCGUCUUACUUCAAGAUCUUUCAGAAUCAACUGCAGCCCGGAUCAUCUCAGCUCAACUAUCAAUUCCCUCCCUCUACUGCUCCGCUUAUUGCCGCUCAGCAACUAAAUGCCUCUGAAUCUCGACUUUUUCAGUCUCAAGUGACUCCUCAAACUCAGGGAUCUCUUGUCAAUACAGGCUUCCCUAAAGGCCAUCUUGCAAAUCUUAUUGAGUCUGCUAAUCCAGAUAUUCCUGCUGCCUCCACGGUUACAGCCACCCCUCAACUUUUACCCGAUAUUGGUACCGCUCCAUCCAGAACUGUCUACUUGGGAAACGUCCCUAAUUUUAUUUCUGCUUACGAACUCUUGAAUCAUGUUCGCUCCGGCAUUGUCGAGUCGGUAAAGAUCAUUCCUUCGAAGAACUGCGCUUUUGUGUCCUUUUUGGAUGAGAAUUCAGCAAUGCUUUUUCACUCAGAUGCCAUUUUAAAACGACUUACCAUUGGAAACCAUGAAAUCAAGGUCGGAUGGGGUAAAUCCACUCCAGUUCAAACCAUUGUGGCUUCCUGUGUCACAAGAUAUCAUGCUACGAGAAACGUUUAUCUGGGUAAUUUACCCGAGGAUACUACUGAAUCAGAACUAGCCUCUGAUCUUGCUGAGUACGGUGAGAUUGAAACCGUUAAAGUUCUUUCUGAAAAACGUAUCGCUUUCGUUCACUUUACCUCCAUAAUUGCUGCCAUUCGCUGUGUUCAGAGCCUCCCUCUGGUUCCCAAGUAUAGAGAUCGUAAAGUGUUCUACGGAAAGGAUAGAUGCGCUUUUAUUACUAAGACUCAACAGCAUAAUGCUGCGCAGUAUUUGGGCUUGAAUCCGAACUCUGACAACUUUUUGCGUCAGGUGGAUCGUGAAAUGAUUGCCAAUGCGUUGGUCCAACAAUCGAAUGCGGCAUCCAUGAUCGCCACCGCUGCGGGAGGCGUUUCCAAUAUGGGUAAUAGAACUAUCUAUCUUGGGAACCUUCACCCCGACACCACUAUAGAAGAGAUCUGCAAUGUAGUUCGUGGAGGAAUCCUUCAAAAUGUUCGUCCCAUUCCAGAGCGCCAUGUUUGCUUUGUAACCUUCGUGGAUCCUAUCUCUGCCGCCCAGUUUUACGCUAUGUCGUCGCUGCAUGGACUUAUUAUCCAUAACAGGAAGAUCAAGGUUGGUUGGGGAAAGCAUUCAGGUCCGCUUCCAAAUUCUCUUAGUCUUGCUGUUGGUAAUGGUGCAUCCAGAAAUAUCUAUAUUGGUGGUCUUGAUAAGAUUCCAGAGAUUUCCUUUACCAGAGAAAAGCUAUUUGAAGACUUCAAAGAAUUCGGAGAGAUCGAACAAAUCAAUUUCUUUGAAGAACGUCAUUGCUGCUUCGUCAAUUUUACAAACAUCUCGAACGCCUUAAAGGCAAUCGACGGGAUUCAUAACAACCCAGAUUAUGAAAAAUGCAAGAUCAAUUUUGGUAAAGACCGUUGCGGCAAUAUUCCACGUCAAUUCCAACUGGGAGAACAUCAUUCCUCUACAAAUUCUUCCCAUUCUAAUAGUAGUGGUUCUGGUUCUGGUUCUGGUUCUGGUUCAGGCUCUGGCUCUGGCUCUGGCUCUGGCUACGGGUCGGGAUCAGUUUCCAAACCCGCUAGCUCUACGCCAUCCCAACAGUCUUCUUCUACUCUGGAUAUCUUAAGAUACCCACUCUACGCUUCUGAUAAACCUCCUCCUUUGCGCCCGCUACACCAGCAAUCCCAAUUCGGUCUCAUGACUCCAUCUAGUUCCACUUCAAGUGAACUUCAGAGCCCUCGAAAAGACCUCGACGACGAUAGCAGCGAUAAUGGGUUUGUUAAUGAUGGUGCUGGUAAAUAUGGACCUUUGGGAAUCAUGAUGGGAGGUCAUCAUUAA